CAAUAUUUGAUUUCACAUCCUCAAAAACGAAUUACUAGUUAAUCUUCAAGUGUCCGCUCAUGGGUUCCCAAAUACGGAUCCAUUCAUUGAAAUGGGCUAUCUUGGCAACAACCUUUUUAAUAUACAAUAUAAGUAGUGUUGUUUCCAAUCGCUUCGACGCCUCGCGAUCCUUGCUAGCUGAGCAGAGAGAUUCCGACCCAGCCAUUUGGGAUAAAAAGGAUGGCUACUCCGCGCUUAAGGAGAUUGAAAUUCCCCAGGAUAGGCAGAGACUUGAAUUGAAUUCAAGUGUCGAGAGGGGCGUCCCUCUUCAGGUGUAUCGAAGAAAACGUAUUAAACCAGAUUCCCCUUCAGCCGAUCAAAUUGGAGACCCUAAAUUUGCCAAAGCAAGCAGCUCAUCUUCCACUAACGAGAAAUCCCAAGGACCUGUAAAUACGUUGAAAAAUCCAAAGGCCCUUUCAGAUUUAAAUAUCGAUGAUCAACCAGCGAAGUCAAGCAUGCUUCCCACUGAUGCGAUGCUUUCAACGCAGAAGAGAGUCUUGCGUGAAACUGUUUCAAACGAGGAGGGAUCUGAACGCCGAACUAUAGGUCGCUGGGCGCCCUCCCGUUAUCCUCUCGAAGCUCCAGGGAAACGAGUGGGAAAAGUAUAUCACCCAGAAAUGUUUGACCCUGUUGCUAAGGAUUCAGUGUUUAGGUUUGAGAUGGAAGAGGAAAAAACUGCUCAAGUCUUACGCAGGGGCUUGAAUGGACUUGAGAAAGUUUUACUCCAAAAGCUACCUUGGAAAGCAAGCACUACAACAAAGGAAUUGGGACAGAGGUUCGUUCAGAUUGAAUACCUUCUUACCUUUAUGAUGGAGGGACCACUCUAUCAGCCAAAAUCAAUCAAAUUUAGAAAGAUCAGAGCAAAAGCCUUUGCCCAUUACGACAGCCAGAUCAAGGUACUUGACAUGCUUAAACAAACAGUUAGGUUAAUGGGUGGCAUCCAGGAUAGCAUCGCUAAGCUCAAAGAAUCCACUGAGUUGCCUGAGCUCAUGAACACGUUGGAGAUUCUCGAAGUCAUCAGGCACGGAGCUGUCAUACCAGUCUCUCAAAGGCUGGAAACUGAACUGAAAGAUAUCAUCGUCAAUUCUGAGGAUUAUCUUGAUCUGGAAUUCGCCACCUCUGAGGAAGAUGCUCACCAUCCUUACGUUGGCUCCGAGGAACCAGAAGCCAUUUUGCAAGCGGAAACACUCUUAACUUCAGUCAAAGAGGCUCUUCAGUUGAACCGCAUGCCUGAGCAAAAACUUGCAAUUGCACAAAUACCUGAUAGUACGGAUGACUUUUUGGACACGCUACGAAAUUUAAAAACAUGCCAAGUUGACUUGCAACAGCUCACUUCCUCAACCAAAUCUACCGAUUUAUUUGAUCUCUUGGAACAUGGCUUAAAAGAAUUGAGGCGGAAUUUCGACGACAAUAGCCCAACCUCGAAUUGGGCUGCCAGGCUGGUCAAACAGGGAAUGUCAGAUGAACAAAGAAACUUGGAUGUGAUCUUGCAAGACAUGCUGGUGUCGGAUGUUCUGGCUAAAUUUCUCCAUAAGAUUGUAGUGCAAAAUGAGCACAAUCUUGAUUUAUCAUCCUACGAGAUCAAGAAUAAACCCAGGAAGUAUCAUGAUUUGACUUUAUUAAUGAUUGAGAAACUGCAAAAUGUUGACUCCCAAAUAGCAAAAAAGCAGUCCAGUGGAUUGAACCAGUUCUUCAACGCAGAUGUAAUGGAUGCUAUGGCUACUUAUGAAAUAGAACCAACUCAUGCGAGUGACUAUUUGCAGGCCUUCGUUGAACAUCUCUCAACCAUGUUACACAAUGGACAUGUGGAUCAAAAUAGUCAAAUGGAAGGAUGGCUUCAAAAUAUGAGCAAAUAUUUCGAAGAGAUCCUGGGAUACACUCAGGUCCAAUUAACACAUCAGAAGGCUAUCGAACAUAUUGAAAGCCAACUUCCAAUAAUUCAACAUUCAAUUGUUCGUUAUAAAAACUCAGAUGAGUUUUUGAGUACUGCUUUAUCACAUCAGAUUCAAGGAUGGUUGAGAGACAUUGGGUGGAUGAGAUUUUCUUUUCUCAAUAAUCAAGAGUCAUCUACACUUCACACCGCGGGUCAAUCGGACAAAACGUCAGUGGAAAUAAGAUUUGAGUCUCAAGCAGAAAGACUUGUCAAACAAAUCAAAGCAUUCCAUCAGAAGUUGGAGAGCCUCAUUUAUAGAGACUCUCAUCCCUCAAAGGAUAUGAAUGGCCCCUCUGGCCACUAGAGUAGAAUCGGAAAAUUAAAUCCUCAAAAAUGGCUAACUUUUGUGUCCUUUUCCUAAAGAUUAGCCUCUGAAUAAAUAUCAAAAACACAGAAACAAGACCAAACCCCAUCCCAAAUUGACUCAAUCAAAUUUUUCCUAGUUUUAUCCUAUCUAAAAGUUUAAAGGGAAAAUAGAUUAUAUUAAUAUAGCAUUAUAAAUGAAUGUUUGGACUGCAAUAUCAAAGCAGUUGUCAGACAUACUCAUAAAUAUGAAACGUUCUGCACCUGCCUGCAUCCAUGACAGUCCACCUGUAGACUGUUUUGUUGUUUUUCUCAUCAGAUUACAACAAGAAUAAACCUUGAAUGAAUAGCUUAUUGUAUCCAAAAAAGAUACUGCACAGAAUUGGGAGAAUUACUUCACAAUAGUACAUUUCCAAUAUUCUGCUUUUUUCUCUUUCAACCCCCAAAAAAUAUACAUGAGAUUGAUGUUUAGAAUAGUUGAUCUCUGCUCCACAUCUAUACUAGAAGACUACUUUAUUCUACAAAAGAAUCAAACACUGAAUUUGGAUGACAUACAUACUUCACACUAGUUCAUAGUUCAUAAGUUUUACCUCUGGUAUAGAAAUAUGUAGAAAUGGUUGAAGGUAUAUUAUAGAGAUUUGCAUUCUUUAUUUACAAUCUAUAACUAAAUCAAAUUGAUGGAAUCUAAAAACAAACUUGACUGUACAUGUGAGGAGCAGUAUUGUUUGAUUGGCAACAUUAAAUUGAGAUUUUAGUUCUACAUUCCAUGAAAUCUAAAUUGUUCAAUGAAUAGUGAAAAUGGUUUACUAUUUUUUGGCCCGUGCAAAUUGAAAUUAUGGUACAUUCAGAAAAUUCCUUUUGUUUU